AUGGAGACUGUGUUCCCGAGUGGCUUGCAGCUUGCGCAACGUGUGGAUCUGGUCUCUCUCUAUGUAACAGCACAAGGUACCCAGUUCAUCACUGGCGAGUGUGCAUCAGACGCCGAAUGCGCCUCAGGUUGCUGUGGCUUCACAUCAGGAAAAUGCGCGGCACCACUCGUCGCAAACGAACGCGGAGAAGGAUGUGGAUUCGGAGAUGCCCAGCCAAACAAUAACGCCCUUAAAGGUGUCGAUGGAAACGCCACUGCCGCCAUUGAACCAGAACAAGGGGCUGCUAAUGGAACCAUCGUCGCUGGCGCACAACCACAAGCUCCUGCUCCUGCUCCUGCUCCUGCUCCUGCUCCUGCUCCUGCUCCUGCUCCUGCUCCUGCUCCUGCCCCGGUUCAACCACCUGAAGCUCCAGCGGGACCUGGCAAGCAAUUCAUCACCGGUGCUUGCAAAUCAGACGCCGACUGUGGCUCCGCGUGCUGUGGGUUCAAGAGUGGGAAGUGUGCUGGUCCAGUGGUAGCGCAGGAGCGGGAUGGAGGAUAUGAAGCCUUCGACAUCACAAGGCACUCGGCAAGGUACAUGUAG